CCUUGGGAAAACGUCCCGAUUUCGGCCGCCCCAGCCGCUAUAAAACCCCUCCCGGCAGCGCUCCGGCAGCGCCGGCUUCCCUCCGGCUGGGGCAUCCCCGGCGGCGGCGGGCACUGACCCGGGGUGGCCUUGGCACCGCUCCGAUCCUGACCCGGCAGCUCCGCAGCUGCGCUUCUCCCGGCUCCCAUCGCCCGGCUGCAGCUGCCCAGGAGACAGAAAGGGCCACCGAGAGCCAGAACGGGCCACCGAGAGCCACCUCUGCUCCCUCCCUCCACCCUGCGCUUCUCCUGACUCUCAUCGCCCGGCUGCAGCUCCCCGGAGACAGAAAGGACCCCCGAGGAGCCAGAACGGGCGACCCAGCGCCAGAAAGGGCCACCGAGAGCCAGAAAGGGCCACCAAGAACCAGAAAGGAUCCCCAGGGGCCACCUCUGCUCCCACCCCCUCACCCUGCGCUCUGCUGCAGGUCCCGAAGAACCAGAAAGAACCGCCGAGAGCCGCCGCCCGUGCACCCUGCCCUCCUCCCGGCUCCCGUCGCUCUGCUGCACUUCCCGAAGAGACAAAAAGGACCCCCGGGAGCCAGAAAGGACCCCCGGGAGCCAGAAAGGACCACCCGGAGCCAGAAAGGACCCCCGAAGAGCCAGAAAGGACCCCCGAAGAGCCAGAAAGGACCACCGAGAGCCACCUCUGCUCCCGCCCCGCAUCCCUGCGGCUUCCCGGGGGUGAAGAUGAGUGCUGAAGAGAUUCUGGUGCAUGCAGUAGAACUUGGAAAAAAUUUCUGCCUCUAUUUUGAAGACGACGAUGAGCUGGAGUGUGAUGCCCUGUGCAAGGAAAAGACUUUGCACCGAGUGCUGAGGAACGUGAACAGCCAGCUGCUGGUGGUGCGCCCCGACCUGAACGUGGCAGCCUUUGAGGACGUGACAGACCAGGAGAUGCAAUCUGGCAAAGGGAUGCAUUUCAGCAUUCACUGCUACAAAACCACCACGCCCUUAGCUGGGCUGCCCGUGGCCUUCAGUGUCCAAGUGGAAAACAAGAGUUAUUACAUGUGCUGUGAGAGGGAAUGUGGAAAAGUGAUCGUCAGGUUCAAGGAAGGAGAAGUUCCCAAAGAACUUCCUGGUGAAAGCAACAUCAUCUUUUUCAAAAAGACAUUUACAUCUUGCUGCUCCCAAGCAUUUAAGUUUGAAUACUCCAUGGAACGAGGAAUGUUCUUGGCCUUUGAGGAAGAAGGGUACUUGAGAAAAUUAAUCCUUAAGAAACUGUCAGAAGAUGAAGUGGAUGAAACCAUGAAGAUGAGUUUAUGUAAGUUCAGUCAGAAUGAAAAUCACAGCCUAUGAUGGAACACUUCAACAGUUUUAAAAUAGUUUGUUUUUUUAUAGAAAAAAAACCUUAGUCUUUCUUUAUCGUAAACAAGUCAGUUUUAUGUUUUAACUACUGUCAGUAGUCGUUAAAAAAAAUAAAUGCAAGUUUUUGGCAAAAGGCCAGGCAUGUUUUCCAGUCAGACAGAAGAUAACUACACACUGAAGAAACAAUAAUGUCAGUGCAGACCUGCAGAAUUUGAUCCCUAAAAUCUUUAAUGCCUAAAUCCCUAAAAUCUUUAAUGUCAACCCAACAGCUUUUGCAUUAGGUUUGGACUUCUACAUUGCCAAACCUCUCAGACAAUUAAUUCCUCACCCAAGCAGCUUAAACAGCACAUCCAGCUGCAUCCUGUGUGAGGAAACCUCAGACGCUUCCAUGAGAGACCCUCAGCUUGCCCACAGGGACUUCCCCAUGACUCACCAUCUGCCUGCUCCUCCUCCUGGCACUAAAGUAACACAUGCUGGCAUUUAAACCAGACCACAGCUCCAU